AUGUUAGUUUUCCUGCACUUACCAUGUAGUAUAAAGCAGCCUCGCGCCCCUCUGAUUAGUUAUGCCCCCGGUAUCUAUUCUGGUUUAAGUAUGUACUCCCAUGCGGAGCCUUCCUCGCCUGAGGAUCAUGAUAGUCAAUCACACCUAAAAAAGAAAAGAGUAGGCAAGGCGUGUGACCUGUGUCGGAUUAAAAAAACCAAAUGUGAUGGAAAAAAACCUUGUGGAAGAUGUCUUGCUGACAAUAAAAUUUGUGUAUUUCUGGAGAAAAGAAGAGCCAAGGAUAAGCUGCCACCGUCUGGUUACGUAGAGCUCUUGGAAACCCGCCUUGAUCUUCUUACAAAGUCGUUGGAAAAAAUGGUUCAGCUUUCCAAAAACCACCUCCCAUUUCUCAAGGAAUUAUACGAUCCAGAAUCCGACUCUAUUCCCAUAAAUGACGUGGUUACCUAUCUCAUCAAGGAGAAGGGUUUGCUUGCGAGCCUUCCUGUAGAAUGGGAAAAAGGUGCUAUAAUAGCAGCAACUAUGCUGUCGCAAUCCCAAAAGGGUAUAGAGGCGGCAGCAAGCGCAUUUGCUCGCCAUCGCCGCGAAAGAGAAGACGAUGAAGUGUCGCUCGCAGACUCACAUCCGAUCAAAACCUCCAUCUCUCGCGAAAGCUCCCUCGAUGACGAACAACUGCUUGCGUCGUUCGACACCAUGGGACUCGAGCCACGGCUUGGUCGUCAAAUGCUUGUUAAUCUGGCAGCAUUGGGUGGAAUUCCCUCACCACAAUCUUCAAACCUGGAGUACGAUUUGGACAACUCGUCGAAUCAUCACCCUGAACUACCAGGUUCGCUUUUCUCCAACGACCUUCCCCCACGCAAUUCCUCGGUCACAUCGCUCACAAAUAAACUCGAAACCCACACAAUACACUCACCCACCCUCACAUCGUCCGGGUCCUCACUUCGAAGGUCUUCUUCGUUGACUAGACCCUACCUGCCUUCGCAUCAAAAAAUGAAGAAUCACGGCCAUAUCCAAAAGAAUACCCAUUCACACCAUCACCAUUCCCACGCCCAUAACAACAUUAUUUCCAAUAACGGCAAUGAAUUUUCCCUUGCUCUUCGUGCCUCAAAUUCAUCGCCAUCUUUGGAACCGCAAUCCACCACAAAUUACCCUUCACAAUUAGCCCUGCAAGAGUCGAAGAUGCCCCAUAGUACAACUAAUGGUGCCCCUAUUGACUUCACUUCGCUAAACAGCCCGUACCUUGAUGAUGAUCUUCCCUCCAACGCACUUAAUCUUGAAUCAAUAGACAACUUGGACGGCCUUGUGAGUAACCCAUUUGCUAAAUCAUACACCUUCGAUAUCAAUGAGCCCAAUGACCACUCUCAACUUUCCUAUCAAGCCUUAUAG